GCAUUUCCAUGUUGUGUGUACUGUGCGAGACCAGAUAUAGUGAAUGCAGGGUCCUGGGAGACCAGAUAUAGUGCAUGCAGGGAGACCAGAUAUAGUGAAUGCAGGGUCCGAGCGGAUAUAGUGAAUGCAGGGUCCGGGGAGAGCGGAUAUAGUGAAUGCAGGGUCCGGGGAGAGCGGAUAUAGUGAAUGCAGGGUCCGGGGAGAGCGGACAUAGUGAAUGCGGGGUCCGGGGAGAGCGGACAUAGUGAAUGCGGGGUCCGGGGAGAGCGGAUAUAGUGAAUGCGGGGUCCGGGGAGACCGGAUAUAGUGAAUGCAGGGUCCGGGGAGAGCGGAUAUAGUGAAUGCAGAGUCCAGAUAUAGUGAAUGCAGGGUCCGGGGAGA